AUGGGUUCUUGUUGUUCUACGUCCAAAGGCAUGGGAAAGAGGAUUGAUACGGUGGAGCUGAGCACAGUAGACUCGGCUGAUGAUGCUUCUCCAAAGACCAAGAAUAGCUCCAAAAGGUGGAAGAAAAAGAAGACAGGAGGUGACCAAGUUGGUUGUAAAGAUUUGGUUCAUGAGAUUGAUACUCCGGGUAGAUUGAUCGCCAAUGGAGGUAGCAAAGUUGCGUGCUUGUAUACUCAGCAAGGCAAGAAAGGGACCAAUCAAGACGCCAUGCUUGUCUGGGAGAAUUUCAGUACAAGAAAUGAUACAAUAUUUUGUGGGGUAUUUGAUGGCCACGGUCCAUUUGGUCAUAUGGUUGCCAAGAAAGUUCGAGAUUCUCUUCCUCUUAUACUACGUACUCAGUGGAAAGCUAAUUCAAACAGUGAGCUGAGCAAUCUCGGUACGACUGAAUAUGCAAAUGGAAACUCUAAUAUUGAAGAAACUGCAUCUCCAAGCAUCGAUGAUGAAUGGUGUGAGCCAUUGGAGGUUCAGGAAAAUGAAAAACUACCUGACAUGUAUCUACCACUAAAAAGGUCAUUCUUAAAGGCUUUCAGGUUAAUGGAUAAGGAAUUAAAAUUGCAUCCAACAAUUGAUUGCCUCUGCAGUGGCACGACUGCUGUUACACUGGUAAAACAGGGUCAGAAUCUUGUACUUGGAAAUGUUGGGGAUUCGAGAGCUGUGCUGGCAACAAGAGACAAAGACAACUCUUUGAUUGCUGUACAAUUGACAGUAGACUUGAAGCCUGAUCUUCCUGCGGAAUCUGCUAGGAUCCAUCAAUGCAAGGGAAGGGUAUUUGCUUUGCAGGAUGAACCAGAAGUUGCUCGUGUAUGGUUGCCUAACAAUGAUUCUCCUGGUUUGGCAAUGGCUAGAGCCUUUGGGGAUUUCUGUCUAAAGGAUUUUGGUUUGAUUUCUGUCCCUGAUGUUUACUAUCGCCAACUUACAGAAAGAGAUGAGUUCAUUAUUCUGGCCACUGAUGGGGUCUGGGAUGUCCUUUCAAAUAAGGAGGCUAUUGAAAUUGUAGCUUCUGCCCCAGGUCACACCACAGCAGCCAGGGCUCUUGUGGACUGUGCCGUUAGAGCCUGGAGGCUCAAAUACCCUACUUCCAAGAAUGAUGAUUGUGCUGUUGUGUGCCUCUUUCUAGAACAGUUGUCUGUUGCUGCUGAGGCUGUGACAGAAAAUGACGUGUCAAAGAUUAAUGGAGAGGCAAUGGAGAGGAUGGCAAUAACAGAUGAGAAGACUGAAGAUUUAGAAAUCAGUGAUUCUCAUGCCGUUCUUCUUGAGCAUUCAGGUACUGUACGAAGCUCUAAUGAAAUUGUGCCCAUAUUUGAGUCAACAGAACAAAAGCUUCCUACAAAGUUUGAGGGCCAGUCUAAAAGAAGCUUAGCAGAAUGUAUUUCAACUACAGAGGAUGAGGACUGGUCAGCCUUGGAAGGUGUUACCAGGGUUAAUAGUCUGUUAAGCCUUCCCAGACUCUUAUCUGGUGACAAAAGAGCUGCCAGUUGGAGAAAAAAGUGGCUAUGA